AUGGCUACAAGCAAAGCAAAAACCAUUGAUGAUAUUGAUGAUUUUAAAGAAAUGCUUGAAGUGAUGACAGCCCUUGAAAUUUCAUCGGGAGGAUUAAAGACGUUAGACGAGAUGAAAAGUCGAGUAAAGUCUGAAUUAGAACAGCUUCCUAACAUCCCCAGUUGGACUGCUGGUCAGGCCUUCUCUGUUUUAUCAAAAAUAAAAGAGCAAGAUGCCAAGGUUAAAGAAUUCCUGCUGAGCUUUUACCACGAAGUUGAAACGUGUUAUGAUGAUCUAGAUGACAAAAUUAAAACUCUGCUGCAGAAAAAAAUGGGUGAUGUAAAGGAAAAAAUGAAAAACCAUCAGAUAAAAAUGAAACAAGAAGAUUACUGCCUUCUAGUGGCAGGUGAAACUGGAUCUGGAAAAAGCAGUUUGAUUAAUCUCAUUCUUGGGGAAGAGCUUCUUCCCUAUUCUAUUCUAAGCACCACGUCCACCAUAUGCGAGUUGAAAUACGGAGAAGAACGUAGAAUUGUUGCCCACUAUAAAGACAAAGACCCGGAAACGUUAUUGCCCACGAAAACUUUCAACUUGGUUGAGCCUAAAGCUUCUGGAAAAAGUUACCAUGACCAGAUCUUUCCAUUUGUCCAGAGUGGUCGGGAAAUAGGCUCAGUUUACAAGAAGGUAGAACUCUUCUGGCCUCACAAACUUUUGAAGAAUGGAGUUGUUAUCAUUGACAGUCCCGGUGUUGGCGAGUCUGAAAUCAUGGAUGAAAUAGUUAGAGAGUAUCUGCCUGAGGCCUUUGCAUUUAUUUAUGUCAUCAACUGCACAAACGCUGGAGGAGUUCAGAAAGAUAGAUUGGGAAAGUUGCUGGAGGGCGUCAAAGAAAAACGUAAGGAAGAAGAGUUUACAUCCACCUGUGCUUUGUUCGUGUGUCACAAGUGGGAUCAAGUGAAAGAAAAAAAAGAAGAAAAGAAAGUGGAGAACCAUGUCAUCGAAAAGUUAAAGAAUUUCUAUCCUGAUAUUGUCCCAGAGAAACAGGUUGUUCAAAUGUCAACGAAGAAUGCCAGCAUAGCCCAAAACUACGGGAUCGUAACCAAAAGAUUUGUUUCUCUGAUGAAUUGUAUGAGAUCUAUGGUUUUAAGAAGCGUCAAAGCCAGGCUGGAAUUUUAUUGGAGAUGGCUAUAUGGACUUCUUUCUCAAAUAGUUUACCACGCAAAGGUCCAUAUGAAAAAUACUACAAGAGAACAGGAAGAAAUCCUAAAAUUAAUUAACUCUGUUAGCGUUCGUUUGAGUUACAUCGAAGAAAAACAAAAUGAAGUCAUGAAAGACCUCCGCAACCAUCUGGAGAGUCGAACCAAGAGUGCAGUAAAAAACCUUUCCGAUUAUCUUUGUUCGGAUGAUAUAAGAUCGCAAUUUACCUCGUGGACCUCGGAUAAGGUACCAAAGACAGAGUCAUCUUGGGAGGUGACAGAGAGCAACAUCACAAAGGUGAUGGAAAACCGCCUGCAAGAGAUCAUAAAACGUUGGGAAGAAGACAACCAUGUGUUUACAGAUACUCGUGAGUCUCUUGUUCGGCACUUCAAGGAACGGUGCAAUUUUCUUGAAGGAGAACUCCGUAUUCUACAGGAAGCUCUAUUAUCUGACGAAAUCAUGCCACAAGAUCAUAGUGAAACAGGCUUCGGACUCACCAUAAAGGACAAGAUUGCCAUUUUUGUUACAAGCCCUAUCUGGGUUCCCCUUUCUCUCAUUGUCUUGGUGGUUGGUGCCCCUAAGGUUGGCGUAAUGGCGAUUAUGAGCAAGUUGGAGGACAAAAGAAGGAUCAGGAAAUAUGACGAAGACAAGUGUGCUUUCAUGAGACAAGCAUCCACCGAAUACUUGAAUGAAGUUACUAAAAAAGAAGAUGUGCUCAUGAACUUCGUGAAGGACCAACUGAAAGAUGCUGCUCUGUGUCUGAAGCAAAUUGAAGCCCGUAUUCCAGAGCUGAUUGAGGCUGACCAUUCUUUGUGUAAACAACUUUUGGAGGAAAAAGAAUCAACAAAAGACGUAAGAGACACUUAUAUACCGAUUUUGGAUGCAGCUUCAGAGAUCAGAGGUCGUCUGGCCGUUUUUGGACUUGAAGAGGGCCUCGCAGCCGGUAUCAGCAGCGAGAUUUUGGACCUAAAAGGUCAAUCUGACUGUCUGGGUCGGGGUGCUUUUGCCUCUGUUUACAGAGGAAUGAUGAAAACUGAGAACGGAGACGAACAAACUGUGGCAGUGAAGAUUUUCACCGAAUCGCUUAAAGCAGAUAAUGCUUGCGACAUUGUCGAUGAAAUUGAAUUUUUAGAAAAACUAAAGCAUCCCAACGUUGUCACUUUUCAUGGCACAUCGCUUCUAAAGGAAGAUGGCGAAACCCGAGUAAUACUAGUCAUGGAAUACUGCAAAGAAAAUUUAAAGAAUCGCAUUUUCAGUAAUCCAGAAAGAGCCCCUGCCAAGUCUAAGAAUAUCGAUGCCAAAACAGACGCCUGUCAAUGGAUAAAGCAGAUAGUCACUGCCCUGUCCUUCAUUCAUGAUCAAAAAGUCGUUCACAGAGAUCUCAAACUGGAUAAUAUAUUGCUGUCAGCGACAAAUGAAGUGAAGAUAACCGACGUUGGCGUUUCCAAGGAUGUGAACAAGAUCACAGGAACUUUGGCAGGAACACCUGUUUAUGUGGCACCGGAAGUGUUUCACUCUCAGCUGUAUGACACGAAAGCAGACAUAUACAGCCUGGGGAUAAUUUUAUGGGAGAUGUGGUAUGGGCAGCAGGCCUUCAGUGAAUUCAGUGACAUACCAAGUCAUGUAGCUCUCUUUAACAUGGUGGAUGAGGGCCUUCGCCCAAAACAUGUGAAAGGCUGUAAUGAGCCGCCACGCCGCUGGAAAGAUUUGAUGGAGAGUUGCUGGAACAAAAAACCAGCGGAACGCCCAUCAGCUUCGCAUUGCCUCAAGGAAGCUAUUGAACUUCAUAGAGAGGCAAUGGAAGUUCUGUAA